GGCUUGGACGCGUGGUGCGUGUGCCGCGCGGACCUGCCGGACGCGGCGCUGUAGAGGAUGCUGGACUACGCGUGCGGCAGCAACGCCGACUGCGUACCCAUCCAGCCCAGCGCUGCCUGCUUCGCCCCGGACAACGUCAGGGCGCACUACUCCUACACCGUCAACAACUUCCACCAGCGCAGCGGCCAAAAGCCGCUCAACUGCGUUUUCUCCGGCACCGCCGUCCUCUCCUCCGUCGACCCAUGCGCUAAUGGCUGCAAGUACCCUGCAACUGCAACCCCAAGGAUAAGGGCCAUGCCUAGACAAGCACAAAUAUGCGACUGCCUCGGGCUGGGGCUGGUGCACCUCGGGCUCGGGCAGGUGCUGGAACAACACCGUUGGGGUUGGGGCUGGGUUGGAUCAGCUCCGCCUGAGAGAAUCCGCAGCAGUGCGUGGGCGACAAGGAGAAGGCCUGGGUGCUGAGGAGAAGCAGCAACGCCUAGGGAGUACUGUAUUAAACAUGGUCAUAUGUAUUGGCACGAAUAGAGCUUGUUACUAUGAUUGGCAUUGUAUUACAUGAUCUUCUUGCUCUUAUUUGAAGUAUCAUGUGUGUGUUUUGUGUUUGCCAAUUUAAAUACUGGUUGAAUAUGAAGAA